AUGAGGCUCGCGUGGUACGCAGGGGUUUCCACGGCCCUGGCGGCUUCGGUCGUCGUUUCGGCAUUCCACCAACGAGCGAACUUUUAUUCGGCCAUGGUCUACCUCGCGCAGAGCAAUUUCUGCUUACUGGUCUUGGUCAACUUUAUCUAUCUUAUCUAUGGCACCUUGAUCUAUGGCCUGCAACGGCUUCUCUACGGCCCGCUGCGACAAGUAGAGGUCGAGCAGCUCUCGGAAAAGGCGUGGUUCGCUAUUACCGAAACAUGCCUCGCGAUGACGAUAUUCCGGGAGGAGAUUGGCGCAUGGUUCCUUGUCAUGUUUACCGCUUUGGUGACAGGCAAGGUCUGGGGUUGGAUUGGUGACGGUCGUGUCGAAGUGCUCGAGCAACAACCUCCUGCGAAUCCCGGUCUCUUCCACACCCGACUCAGUCUCUCGCUCCUCUUGAGCCUGGUCUACGAUAUCUGGCUUCUUCGAUACACGGUGACUACAGUCAUCCAGCAAGCACGACCCAAUAUGAUGGUCAUGUUUCUCUUCGAGUUUGCUGUUUUGGCAACGUGCUCCGCGCGCACCGGAAUCCGCUACAUGGUGUCGGUCAUGGAGCAGAACAUUGUGAAGACGCAAACGAGACACCGACUGGAAGAGCGACGAAGACAGGUUCGGGAGGAGCGUGAAGAGAUCAUCCGUCAGAGGGAGCAUGACGGUGGUGCAUCGAGCGAAGACCAGCCUGACCUGCCCCGUGAGGAGGAUAUUGACGAGAUGGACAUCGAGGUUCCUGGCUGGGAGGCAAAGGGACAGUGGAUCUUGAUUCUUGACCUCAUUGCUGAUUGCGUUAAGCUAGCCAUAUACUUGGUAUUCUUUGGAAUACUCCUUACAUUCUACGGGCUGCCGAUCCACAUCAUGCGGGACCUCUUUAUGACAGCCAGAUCUGUUAUAAAGAGAGGAUCUGCGCUCUGGCGCUACCGUAAGGCUGUCGAAGACAUGAACAAGUAUCCCGACGCUACACAAGAAGAGCUGGCACGAGAGGAUACUUGCAUCAUUUGCCGGGAGGAGAUGCGGCCCUGGGAUCCCAGCAAUGGGGCGGUCGAGCGUACACGACCCAAAAAGCUGCCCUGUGGGCACAUCUUGCACUUUGGCUGCCUCAAGAGCUGGCUCGAGCGUCAACAAGUCUGCCCUACCUGCCGCAGCCCUGUUGUUGCCAGCACCAACACCAAUAACCAAAAUAACAACGCUGUAGCGCCGCAAAACCGAGAAGCAAUGUUCGCCCGGAUCGGUCUCGGUGGGCCGGGAGGCGCUCUCCCAGCCCCGGGUGCCCAGCAACAGCCGGCUGAUAACGCCGCUGGUGUUGCACCUAUAGUGCAACCUGCUCAGCAACCACCCCGUAACGGAGGGGCUCGUGUCUUUCAGCUGGGUCCCAUCCGUCUCGGGUUCGCCCAGGGGGAGAAUAUGCAGCAGCUGGCUCAGCAAAUGGGCGUUCCUCCAGAGGCAAUCCCUACGCCUCUUGCACAAGGAGCUCCUGCCGGCCCCUUUACGCCAGCCGUACAAACACCGGGCGGCAACAGCAUGUCGGCAAUUCGCCAACAAAUACUCCAGCUCGAGCACAUGAUUCAACGGGAAGUUGUGUCGCUCCAGAGUAUGCACCAAGAACUACAGACACUUCAGCUCCUUACGGCAGAGCUCGGCCGCAUUCGUCAGUUGCAACAGCAAUCAGACCAAGCCCAAAACGUGUUAAAUGGGGGACUGGCCCUAAAUGCCGUCAACAUGGGGCACAGUCAGCAAAUCCCGCUUCCUGCAAUGUCCUUGCCACAACUUCCAAUUCACCCGGGAUUACGGGUGAAUGGUCCCGUUGUGACUAGACACGGAGCUGCAAACCACUCGAAUGCGAUUCCUGCCGGCAGCUCGGAGCUUCCCGAAGGCGUAGUCAUUCCUCCCGGGUGGUCCCUCCUGCCCCUCCAGCGGAUAGAGGGUGCCCCAGGAUCCCAGCCAUUUCCCGAGCCGACACCCUCUAUAACGGGCGAGAACAUACAGCAGUCAGAACCAAUGGCUUCCGUCCCAAAUGCGCCGGCCGUCAGUGCCACUCCGCACCAAGACAAUAACUCGGCGCCUACAAUCGACUUUCCGGCUGAUUCGGCUGAGUCUGAGCAACAUCAGGGCAACGUUGUUCUAGGUUCCGGCGUCACCACAGGUCAGACCGAGGCCCCCCCUGUCCUCUCCCCGAAUCCCGUAUUGCCCAACUGGGGCGGAGCGAACCAGCUUUUUGGCAACGGACGGGGAUUGUCUAGCUUGGGCAACACAGUGCCUUCGGAGGGGUCCUUUGAUGAGACUCCCGGACAGGACGAAAGCGCCCAUCGGAGUGCGGGGGACAAGUCACCAGCUGCUUCGGCUAGCGUGGAGAGCACCGAGGAGGACAGUGGUAGUGGCAGUGGCAGUAGUAAUAAGGGCAAGGCUAGGGCUGUCACUAUCGAGGAAGCCGAGGACGAUGAGUAA